AUGGAAAACUCACAAUACGGUACAUGGGCCGAGCUUUUCAAAAUUCAUGCUCAUUCUCACAAGGUCCUUCGUCACAUCAUUCCUCCACCUAAAGACGCUACUGCCAUGGACGCUUGGAAUCGCUUGCGUGAUAUCUUCCAAGAUCAUCAAACUUUUCGUGUGGUGACUCUCGAACAAGAAUUCACGACGACUCGUAUGGAGGAUUUUCCCAAUGCCUCUGCUUAUUGUCAACGUCUCAAGAGCCUUGUCGAUCAACUGGUCACGGGUCUCACUGAAGCGUACAAAGGGGUUGGGACACAAAUUCGCCAUGCAAAUCCGCUCCCCCUAUUCGCUGAGGCUCGGUCUUCCCUUGUUUUGGAAGAACGUAAACUUGCGGCUAUGGUGUCUCACGGGUUUGGUUCGGCUAUGGUGGCCUCGAUCGAUGACGCGCCACUCCCCUCGGAUAACACAAGCUCACGCCAAGGGAAAUCAAAAAAUUCCCGCGGCCAAAAUUCUAGAACUGGCCGUAAGGGGGGCUUGGGCCGCGGCUCAGGCUGCGGCAAAAUCACCGGUGGCCGCGGAUUUUCAGACGGGGAUGCCACUAAUGUUGUGUGA